AUGUUGCGAUAUCUACCAUUUGCGCCGUCGACGACGCCUCUCCAGGCACUGACGUACCUUCUCGGCAUAUCGCUCUUCUCGAUCUCCUUUCUUGUCUUCUUGAACAGCUCUGUUUCUUUUGUUAUCACCGACCUGAUUGGGCAGAAGGAGGGCGUUGGUGAUGUCGUGGGGACUCUGGGCUUCGUCGAUGAGCUCGUUGCGCUCGUUGCUUGUCCAGGAUGGGGUCUUGUGUCGGAUCGUCUGGGUGUUAGAUGGGUUGCUGUCAUUGGGUACGGGAUAAUCGGCGUCUCGCUGGCUCUGUUUGUGCAGGCCAAGACCGUAUAUCCCCAAUUGUUGCUGGCUCGCGUGUUAUUCGCAAUCGGCGCAUCUGCAGCGGCCACAAUGGUUACUGCGAUACUCCCAUCCUUGACGGACGAUAGCAACAACGAGGAGGAUGAAGCCCAAGCCAGAAUUAAAGCUCUCCACAAUGCGACAGCCCGAAGCAGCAUUGCCUUCUCUGUCGAAUCCGAAGCGACAAUCACCCAGGAACGAUACACGCAGUCUAUUUCUGAGCCAAGCACAACAGAUACCGCCGAUACUGCUGCAGGAAGGCCAUCCAAGCUAGCGGGAUUCGUUGGAUUGUUUACGGGAUGUGGUGCACUUGUCGCACUGACGCUGUUCCUCCCACUCCCAGCGCGAUUUGGCGAGAAUAAAGGCACUACCCCCGCUGAGGCGGUAUCGUAUAGCUUCUACGUUGUUGCGGGUGUCGCAUUGGCCGUGUCUAUUUUUGUUGCGAUCGGCCUGCGCAACAUCAAAGGUGAGGAGGGCAAGGGUUGGCGAAUGCUCUUGGGGCUGAAGAACGAUGACGAAUCGAGUGAUGGAAACGGUCGUGAGCGACGUCUUGCGCCGUAUCUCCACCUCAUGAAAGACUCAGUUUUCCUUGGCUUCGUUGAUUCACGAAUCGGACUUGGCUAUGUUGGCGGUUUUGUUGCCCGAGCUUCAAGCGUUGCUAUCUCACUCUUCAUCCCUCUUUACGUCAACACAUUCUACAUAAGCAACGGGUUCUGUAAAGGCUCACCUCACGAUUCGUCACCCGAACUCAAGGAGGAGUGCAGGGCUGCAUAUGUCCUGUCUUCUAUUCUUACUGGUGUGGCGCAACUCAUGGGCCUUAUUUGCGCUCCCAUCUUCGGAUACCUUGCCAGUCGAACUGGUCGCAUCAACUACCCCAUCGUCGUGUCUACCGUUUUUGGUAUCGUUGGCUACAUCGCCCUUCCACAGCUCUCCAGUCCUGAAAUCAAGGACGUAGAUGGCCGAGGCGGUAGUCCCGUAAUCUUCUUUAUUGUUUCACUCCUUGGUAUCAGCCAGAUCGGCGCUAUCGUUUGCAGUCUUGGUUCUCUCGGCCGUGGUGUUCUUGCAGUUGAGCUGCCUCGAACCGCCCGCCCAGAAAGCCUACUCCAGCCAGAAGAGUACGAAUCAGCCAACGACGAGAGCCGGCCUCUCAUUAGCAUUACGACAGACCAAGAGUCAGUCCCUCGCACCCGCCUCAAAGGCUCUAUUGCAGGCGUGUAUUCUUUGUAUGGCGGCUUUGCCAUCUUGCUGCUUACGAAGCUAGGGGGCUUCCUCUUUGACAAGCUCUCCAACGGGGCGCCUUUCUACAUGAUGGCCAUUUUUAACGCUGUUUUGCUGGCAUUCUCUCUUGGAAUGGAUGCUUCGCACACAUUUUCACAUCGGGUGUAA